AGGCAAAAGGUGGCAUUUGUCAUAACUGCAAGGAAAACAUUUGAGAAUCCCGACCUGCAGUCUUGCGAAGUCAGAUUGGGCCCUUUGUCCGCCGAACAGGCAAGAAAUCUCCUUAUUUCUAGGAUGAAAGUCUAUGGAGAUGCUCCGCAGAACCUUUCCAGGGCAGAUUACAUCGCCAAAAAUCUAUGUGGCUGCGUCCCUCUAGCACUUUGCAUCGUUGGAUCCUUGCUAUCAGACUAUUCUGAAGAAACGCUCGUAGAAAGCCUUGAAAGGGAACCAUUAGCGGUUUUAGAGGACGACCAAAGAUUUGUUGAAAAGGCCAUCAAGACUUCGUUUGACCUUUUGAAGAAACCCGAACAAGAGACUUUCAUUCUCCUAUCUUUGUUCCAAGGUCCAUUUGAUAUUGAUGCAGUCCAGGCUGUGACGAAGACGGAAUGUUCAAUCUCCGGGGCUUUGCCUAUCUCCAUCCUGCGCUCCUUAAAAAACAGAUCUCUUGUGGAGAAGCCCUAUUCGCGCAGAUAUCAGAUGCAUCCGCUCAUUCAGUCAUACGCAAAGAAGACUGGUCGAGACAAGUAUGAAAAAAUUUUGGCAAUGGGCGAAAAACUGGCUUGUGUACACUUCAUGUUGCGCCUUGCGUAUACUGCUAAUAGUUACUGGGGUAAGAACACCUGCAAGGAUUCCCUCGUAUCAUUUCAGGAAGACAAGUACAACUUCGAAUAUUUUCUUCAAAUUUACACUCGAGGUAGGGAAGAACAAGAUCCAGAGAUCGUGAAUGGCUGUGAACUCUUUCUGGACAGUUUUCCGCAGAAAUGCAUGUAUUUGGAAAGAUGUCUUCAUCCAAGGUUCUACACUGAGAUCCUUGAAAGAUUAUUGAAAACAUUUGACUCUGGAAUCCAACCAGUGUAUGUGGUAGAUCUUUUGUGUCUUCUUGGUCAUGAAUACAGGAAAAAAGGAGAACAAGAGAAGUACAAAGAAGUCAUGGAUAAAGCGGAACAAAUUUGUUUGGUGAGUGACGCUGCAUUCGCGACAAAACCGCUAUCAGAAGUCUAUUUUCACAACAGCAAUGCUCGCUUCCUUUCAUAUAAAAAAGACAUUAAAGAGAACAAACGGAUUGAAGAGGCGACUGCAAUUGCUUUGAAAAUAUCCCGUGAACAGCUUCAUGAUCAUCCGGAAAGAGCAGCAACUCUCCUCCUUUCAGGAAUUAUUUCAAAGCGCAGCAAGCAGUUCGAUGAAGCCAUAGAACUGUUCAAUGAAGCGUUGAAACUCUUCCAAAAGAGCCUCGGGAAACAUUUUAUGACUGCUGAAACCCUGAAGGCCACUGGAGACCUUUACUUCUUUCUUGCUGGAAAGUCCGAAGUCGACUUUGAAACCUGUCUUUAUUAUUAUAAAGCUGCUUUGGAAAUGUUCGACGUCUUAGGAGUGGGUAAAAGCAAAGAGAGCAUCUUGACGCUAAAGAAUUUUGGAAUUUGUCACAUGAAAAGUGAAAACUUUGAAGAGGCAAUGAAUCUUCUCUCGAAAGCAGAGCAAAUUGCUGAACGAGAGUUAGAAGAGGACCAUACUUGGAAAGUCUCUAUAAAGACUUCACUGGCCCUCUUGCUCGAGAAGAUGAAUUACGUAGAGCGGGCGAUAAAAGUAAUGCAGGAGGGACUGUUAAUGGGAAAAUUACUGAAUCUGACCAUUGACAAGAUGGGAAACAAAGACCAACUUCGAGAAUUUCUAAACCGGUAUCCAGAGAAGUUCCCCGAGACUGAAUUCCCAAGAAGUGUUGCCAGUCGAACAGGUCAUCGAUUCGAACAGCCCCAUGGGAAGUGGAAAGCUGGAUUUGGAAGAGGAAGGCAUCAAUCAGAAAAUUAAGUAAAAGUGUUGUUACUUAUGGAGAAAAAUUUAAAUGAUAGCAAUGAAAACUCGAAAACUCCUAAACUGAAUCUUUAAGAUGCGCAAACCAUGAUGAAAAGGAAUCAAUCAAUCAAUGAAAUGACUGCUGCAAAUCGAAUUUACUGUAAUAGUUUUUCAACAAGAGAAAAUAGGGAUCUCUUGGAAACAACCAUUAAUCUCUUAAUAUAACCUUUUUCCUCAUAUGUGAAAAAAAAAAUUUACUCAUUCUAAUGUGAGAACCCAGUUACUGACGAUUAGCUUACCGAUCAAAUAUGCUCUGAGGUGAGCUAAAAAAAUUUGUUGUCAUUUUGUUUCAAGGAAUGUGCAUUUAUUGAUUAAGUCUCUCCACUGAAUCGUGUGGACCGAUUUGUCAGAAAUUCACAAUAUGGUUCAGCACUGAGUCCAAUGGAAGGCAUGAAAUCUUACAGUCAUUUCGUUUUGUAAAUGUGGUUGUCUAGCAAAUAAGCACGGAGUCAUCACUGUUAUUGCCAAUAGGCCAAAAGAGGCUGGUGAGCUCAUUUUAACCAUAAAAUUGCGCCCUUUUUGCACCUGAACAAUUUUUUUAGACUAUAAAAACAAGGAAUACCUUUGUGGCUUAACGUUGAUUUGUAUAAGGAAACCAAUCGAUCAAUCAAACCGUUAAAAUUGUCAAGCGCUCGAAAACAAUUCACAAUGCACAACGCCGUUUAGUGCCGGUCAGGUGAUUAUAGUGUACCUUAUCGUGUCACAGUGAACCGUAACCGACUCCUGUCAGUGUGCCUCGCACUAAUAGGGAUUUACGGUCGUAUGAUUUUAUUGUAUUAAAUACUUUUUGUCAAAUAGAUACCAUGUUACUAUGCGUUUGUUCAGUUAUACAGUGGAACCCCGCCAACUCAGAUCGAUCCGGUUGCCCUUAACCCAUUUUUUCAGUCCUUUACUAUCAGCUAACUCGAACCCUCGGUAGUUCGAACCAUUUUUUGUUUCCCUUGGGAGUUCGAGUUAGCGGGGUUCUACUGUAGAUAACAGAUAACGUCAAAUGUAGUAAAGACCAUAUGAGGCGCAGCCUCAAAAAGUGUUCAACAGUCUAGUUCCUUUUUAAGGAAAAAUUCAUUUAACUUGUAACCUUUGAACAGUACAUGAUAAAAUACUGUCUUUUGGUCUCCACAUCUUUCGAUGUCUGGGUUGUUUGAUUUCUUAUGCUCCACCAGUUAAAAUUUCACGAUCGUGUCCUCUCUAAGUUAAGUCUCAUCAUAACUUUCUGUAAUACGGAAGCUGUGCACUGGCGCCAAUCCCAUGAAGUCAUAUGCUUAAGCUAAAUAGACCCGUAGUACCUCGUCCCUGUUUGACUGAUUUGUAUUCUUGAAUAGAGCAUGUAAAAGUAAUCAAAACUCAUAAGUAAAUAAAACGAUUGUAUUAAUCA